AUGACUUUCAGGAAAGUCGCUUUUUUGCUCAUCCUUAAAUCCAACAUCCCAGUUGGCGUGGAAUUAUGGCUUCAGUAUAAAAAACGUACUGCUACCGAUUUAUCCCCAUAUGACGAGAAAGCAGUUAAAGAACAAUGGGAUAAGUCUCCAACUUCCUCUUGUGGUAUGGAUGCAUUUAUCACGUUAUUAAAUCCAACUUCAUAUAAUACUGUUUUAUUUGAAUGCCUCGCUGAGGUUGUUACGCCUUCCCGAGAGUUGGUUGUUCGAUGGAUGGCGCCUUAUCUUCGUCGUUUCAGCAAAUAUAUUCCCUCACAAAAUAUGUGGCUUUGUGAUCAACGUCGCAUGGGUCCAGAAUAUAUGAACAGGGACGUUGGAGAGAUGUAUCUCAGGCAAGGGAUUUGUGAAUGUGUUGAUGUUUUGAGGCAAUUCAAUGGGCGAGAAGAAGUUAUUAAUGUCGCACUUCAAGUUUUAGAAGGGGUUGAGAUGCCUAUGUAUUUGAAGGUCAUGCUAAGAGGAAUUUCAGAUGAGGAAUUUCCGUGGUAG